UAACUAUACUUUCAUUGCACAUAUAUAUAUAGCUUAGUCUUGUAUGAUGACAAGCUUUUUAACAGAGAACACCCAAAACCUAUCCAGGCAAAACUUAUACACAAAAAGGGUGUUCAUCUUUUUUUGAUAAAAAUGAUUUUAGGGCAGACAAGUGAUAAUAAUAAUCCUUGUUACCCUAAUUUAUCACAAGGUUUAGAUAUAUAUUCUGAUGAUACUUUUGUUUCGAGCUCUAUUGUUGAAGCAAGUUCAACCAUGGAAAUUAGUUCUCAUUCAAAUUCUCUACUUUAUAGUCUCUCCCUCCUCAAAGAAAAGGUUAACCAAGUUCAAUCGUUGGUUAGUAUCAUCAUCUCGCCGGAUCAAACUGCUCAACAGCCUGAAUCAACGUCUCUAGCAAUAACAAGAAUGAGCACCAUGAUUCAAGAAAUCAUUGUUACUGCAUCUUCAAUGGUUUUCACCUGCCAACAAAUGGGUACUAGUAAUCCUAGCACCAAUCAACUGCACCGACCGGCUGUAGCUAAUGCUAAUAGGGUUCAAGAAAACGAGUUGCUGCAAUCAAAUUUUGGUGGCAGUGAUAGAGGGAAAAGCUACUUCUCUAGCGAAACCUUUGAUUGGUAUGGUGAAAACUACAAUAGUUAUAAUAGUAAUCGAGGUAUGGUUGUUAUUAGUAAUAAUAAUAAUAAGAUGGAAAAUAAAAGAGAAAAUGUAGAAAAUAAUAUAGAAGAGAAAUUAUCAUCCGUAAUGAAGAAUUACGACAUAAUUGAGUUAGAUGCAGCAGAUUUAUUGGCUAAGUACUCUCAUUACUGUCAAGUUUGUGGUAAGGGGUUUAAGCGCGAUGCGAAUUUAAGGAUGCAUAUGAGAGCUCAUGGAGAUGAAUAUAAGACUCACGCAGCUUUAAGCAAUCCAAUGAAGAAUAGUAGAAGUGAAGGAGAUGAUAUUGAUAAUAAUGAUAAGGAGUCACGUUUGAAGUUGCCAAGAAAAUAUUCGUGUCCGCAAGAAGGGUGCAGGUGGAAUAAAAAACAUGUGAAGUUUCAGCCAUUGAAGUCUAUGAUCUGUGUGAAGAAUCAUUACAAGAGAAGUCAUUGCCCUAAAAUGUAUGUCUGUAAGAGGUGUAAUAGGAAGCAAUUCUCAGUGUUGUCUGAUUUGAGAACUCAUGAGAAGCAUUGUGGAGAUGUUAAAUGGCAAUGCUCUUGUGGCACAACAUUUUCUAGGAAAGACAAAUUAAUGGGUCAUGUUGCUUUGUUUAUUGGACACUCUCCAGCAACUACUGCUACUUCUUCUUCUACAAAGCCAGCUACAACAGAAAUGGAAUUCAAAUGCAACUAGAUCAGGUAAAUUAAUAAAUAUCUUGUAUAUAGCAAUAUGUAUUUAGUUACUUAUUUAAUUAUCAUCAUAAGCAUGAUUAUCAUUUCCUCAGAGUUUUUUUAUGUAAUCUAUUUACCAUCUGCCACAUUAGUCAUGUAAAAUGUGAUGAAACUAAUAUGAAAUAUUUAUUUUACUAUAAAAAUAUGUCCUUUUCA